AUGAAUCUUAAUGCACGGCUGCCCAUGGAUGUGAAGCCAUCUGCAUCAGUGACAGCCGCCGUUCCUGCACGCGGAGGACUGCCAGAGAGAUUCCGUGCAGCACGACCAUUUCCGGGAGAAGCCAAAGCUGGACACAGACUGUACCAUGGUUCACCAUUUGUUAUGGUCCUGUCUCUGGUAAAAUUGGUGAACGGCCGACGGACAUCUUGCAGAGCUACCCGUGACAUCAAUGGCAUGUCUGAUCUCGUCGAGCGUGGCUACGACGGCUUUCUGCUGGACCAGUACGGAGUUCUCCAUGACGGAAGAGAGCUGCUCCCGGAUGUCAAGGAAUGCUUGGAUCAGCUCCAACGACGAAACAUUCCCAUGGCGAUCGUAUCGAACUCGCCCUGCGAAUCUCCCAGGGCCGCCUUGCGCUUGGAGCGCAUUGGCCUGAUGAACGAGUACUUUCAAAGCCUGGUGACAAGCGGUGACCAGGCGAAGCGGUACCUCGAAAAGCUGAUCAGCGAAGCUGCGCCAGUGAGGUUGAGCUGUCUUUUCAUUUCGCACGCAGAUCACGUGGAGCGUGGCACGUGGUCACCGGAAGAGCUGCGUUCAAUGGGCCUUGAACUUGUCGCAAGUGUCGACGACUGCGAUUUUGUUUUGGCAAACGGCGUGCAGGUGUGCUACAAGGGAACACUGUCCGAAGUGGAAUCAGACUACGAAUCCGACGCGAGUGACUGGAGCGUUUUUGGGACGGUACUGCAAGCGGCAGCGAAAGCACAGCGGCCCUUAAUAAUUGUAAACCCUGACUGCGUUGUGCACCGAAAUAACGGUGUUACAGUGAACUGUCCUGGACAGUUUGCCAAAAAAUAUUCUGCUUUAGGCGGCGAGCAUUUGUACAUUUUUGGGAAGCCCAACCCAGAGAUAUUCAGAGAAGCCUCGAGGCACCUGGAGCUCUCUGGAGCCCGGCGAAUUUGUCACAUUGGAGACUCAUUGUGUCAUGACGUGAGUGGUGCAGCCGAUGCUGGCUUUGCUUCUGCCUUAGUCAGCAGCGGAAUUCAUGCUCCUGAAUUGCAGAGCAUGUCGCUUAGUGACUUAUGCCGCCGAAAGGGUGUGCCUUGUCCAACCUUCGCGAUGUCUUCAUUUCGUUGGUGA